UUUUAUAAUUAAAAACAAUAAAAAAUUAGCCUAUUAGAAUGUAGAAUGUAUUUACGUUGCAGAUUUUUUAGAUACUACACUUGUAGGCCUUGACUGAUUCACAGUUGAUUUUUUUUCAGAAAUAUCGAUAGCCGAACUCCACUUGACUCAAAGUCGACAUUUUCUGUCGAUGUUAAUUUUCUACGCAACACUUUGUUUACAUUGUUCUAACCUCUUUUCAAGAAAAUAUAUACCGUUAUAUUAUCAAUAAUAAAUAUAUUAUCUUCAACUCCAAAGUUUAGAUAUUCAACAAAAAUAUAUGGUACAUAAUUUCAGCACCUAUUUUUAGUCAAAUUGGUAUAUUUGUGGAAUAGCUUGUACUUCUGACAGUUCAAGUCAGACAAGUUCAAGUUUUAGUUGAAUAGUGGAGACUGUAUAGUUUUUAUACUAAUAGGAGUAAUUGACAUUUUAUUAUCUCUGCUCAUUCUUCAUAAUAAUCAGUUUUUAUUGCUCUCAUGACGUCAUCUUAUUGAACUUGGUCUUGUAAAUUUCUUGACAUUCUUACUCUGAUAAAAAGCCAUAGCCUACUCUUUCUCCUUCCACCGAGUUUGUAGAUAAGGCGUUAUAACUUAUUUUAAUUUGUUAUUUUAGUAGGUAACACUCUGAAAUGGCUGGUCAUAGUGAUUUGACUAACAUCGAAGAUGUACUCGACGCUUACAUACCAAAAGAGCAGUUAAAGGAGGUGAAAAGAGUUCUUUUUGGCAAUUCUACAAGUGCAGCAUCAAGUGAAUAUAUAUCACAGGAAACUAAAGAAAUAGCUUCCAAAAAUGGGUUUGAAGUAAAGAAUUGGACAUUUUCAGCUAAACCAGAAGAACUACGUUUACCAAGAAUAGUGCGAGUGGGCCUCAUCCAAAACUCCAUCUGUCUGCCUACAACUGAGUCGGUUGAAAAGCAAAGGAAUGCAAUUUUCUCUAAAAUCAAGGAAAUGAUAAUCGCUGCUAGUCAUUCGGGAGUGAACAUUGUCUGCUUGCAGGAGGCUUGGACUAUGCCAUUCGCCUUCUGUACCAGGGAAAAACUGCCUUGGAACGAAUUUGCAGAAUCAGCUGAAAAUGGACCCGCUACGAAAUUCCUUCAAGAGCUCAGUCGAAUGUACAACAUUGUGAUAAUUUCGCCAAUAUUGGAGCGAGACGAAACAACCGAAAUUAUCUGGAAUACGGCAGUUGUGAUCGACGAGAAUGGCAGAGUUUUGGGCAAACAUAGAAAGAACCACAUUCCACGUGUCGGAGAUUUCAACGAAUCUACAUAUUAUUCUGAAGGAAAUACUGGGCAUCCUGUAUUCAAGACCACAUUUGGACGCAUAGCAAUUAAUAUUUGCUACGGACGUCAUCAUCCAUUAAACUGGUUGAUGUUUGGAUUGAAUGGAGCCGAGAUUGUAUUCAACCCUUCAGCCACGGUUGGUGCUCUCAGUGAACCGUUGUGGGGAAUCGAGGCGCGAAACGCGGCCAUUGCCAACGGAUAUUUCACAUGUGCCAUCAACAGAGUGGGCACUGAGACGUUUCCCAACGAAUUCACAUCAGCUGAUGGCAAACCGGCACACAAAGAUUUCGGACACUUCUACGGGUCCAGUUACGUCGCUGCUCCAGAUGGCUCCAGAAGCCCAAGUUUAUCCAGAGUUCAAGAUGGUCUACUGUUGGCUGACAUGGAUCUGAAUCUUUGCAGGCAAAUAAAGGAUUUCUGGGGAUUCCAGAUGACCUCUAGACUCCCCUUGUAUGCUGACUCUCUGUCUAAGGUUAUAGACAAUAACUAUAAACAGCAAAUAAUCGAGUGAAUUAAUCAAUAGAACAUUAUAUUACGGUAAACUCUAAAUCAUUGAAUAUAUUAUGCACAUAUGAUUUCUCAAUAAAUAUAAUACGGUAUAUAUUAUAUUCUUUAUCAUAAAAUAUAGCAUUAGUUUUGCUAAUCGUCUAUUAUCUAUCAAAUACAUAUUUUUUACAAUCAAUUUUAAUAAAAUGAAUUACUGAAAUAUUAUUUUAGAUAUUAAUGAAUAUUAUACAUAAGAUUAUUCAAUAUAUAUCUUGACUAUAUAUAUACAUACAAAAUACUAUAUAUUGUACAUUUACCAAAUAAAUUAAGUAGUUUCAUAGCCAUUUCUAGUUGAAUAAGCGAUGGCUGUGGUUAUAGCCAUGCAACUAUAAACUAUUGUUAUUGUGUUUAGAAAUUGUGAGUUGAAUAAUUUGCAACAUGAUUAUAUUAAAAUCUUUAUUGGUGAAUAAAGAAAUUACCAGAAUACAUCAUUGUUCAUUUUUCACAGUCUUUGCUUUUUAUUAUCUAAUCAAUAUUGUACUGUACAUUGCGAGAGUCUGUAGAAGUUUUAUUCACAAUAGAAAUGCCGUUGAUUAGAUUAUAUACACCUUUCCUAAAAACAUGACAUAUUUCACUCGUAUAAACUAGAUAUUUUAGGUAAUCUCAUUUGUUAAUAUCACGAUGGCACGUAAGAUGACAGUAUAAAUAGAGGUAAAAUGUAUAAUUUUCCAUAAAUAUUGCAAUUGAAAUAUCAAUUAGAGGUAAAAUUUACAAUUUUCUAUAAAUAUUGCAAUGGCGAUGUUAUUUAUUUCGCUAUUUUCAAUAUAAAAGCUACAAGUAUUGAUACAUCAGAAUAACUGUAAAUAGAUUAUAUCAAGUACAACAGAGACAUUUCUUAUAUUGCCGUUCAAUGGUGAUUCAAAAUCGAUAAAAUAAUUAUUGUACUCGCAAAUACAGUUAUGGAAAUCUUAUCUAAACUAUGCUAUGCAUUCGUUUUAUUGCCAAUAUUUCAUGUUGUAACUUCAGUUACAUGCUAUUAGAGAUACCGUACUUCUAAAAGUAAAAAAACUCUGGUUAGAGUUAUUCAUUAUUACAAUGUUUUACGUAUAAAAACGAACAAAAUUUUGAUUAGCUGAUGGCGAUAAUGAGGUACAGUACUAUUAAGUGCUUUUUCAUGAGAAAAAAUAAGUUUUAAGAAAUCAGUUUUAAUUCAAAUAAACUAUGUUUAACGUAUGAACUGGAACAUAUUUAAAAGCAAUUGAAAAGUUAAUUCAGAUUGGUAAUCACUAAAAUAAAAAUUAUCAAAUAACAGUGGAAGAACAUAGAUGUAGGUUAUACUGAACAAACCUUAAAUAUUCACUCAUAACUUCUGAGUGUCCAAGUAACUUUUUUUAUUUCUUCUAUUGAUAAAACGUCCUCAAUCAGACAACCUACCUAAUCGGAGGGUGAGAAUUAUUCGCUUCAUGCAUUCCAAAGCUAAGAUGCUAUUGUGGAAUUUGGUGUGGAGCAACAUUAAUAAAAGAAUAGAAUGAAAACAAUUCAAGAACCAAUGUUGGUAAUCUACUACAUUAAG